UGUGUACUCUGACAACGGCACUGGGGGGUGCGCAGAGCGUCUGCCGAAGGCGCGCCACCGAAAGCAUCAGACCGGCAACGUGAUAGCACGGAGCGUCGGCACUGCUUUCUUUUCAGAAACGAAUCUUGUCAUUGAUCGACACGCUCGCAUUGACAGCCGCAAUGAUGCUUCUGGUGACCGUGACCGCAUUCCUGGCAGCCGUUGCUACGACCACCGGGAGCUACGGACCACAACGCAGGAUGGCAGGUCGGCGCGUGCGCAGGACCGUGGACGCCCUGUGCGGCAACGAGCAGUUCGUGAACGCCGUGGUGCGCACCGUGAUGGACGAGCUGCGACCCGCGCUCUCUUCCACCGAGCCCCUGGUGCUGGGCGACGGUCCCGAGUGCGGGGUCGGGAGCGUGCGCCUUUUGCGCGGUCGCCUUUGGGGCGCCGCCUCGGCGCACCUGCGAGAACCCGUGCUGCUGCGCUGCGACGCCCAGCGCAUGGUCGUUGCGGUGCACGUGGCGCUGAACAACAGCGAGAUCUCCUUCGACUGGGAGGCCUCCCCCAAGACCUUGCUCGGCUCCGAAGGCACGGUGUCCGUGUUCGCUCGACACAUGUCGCUCAAGACGUCGGUGCUGCUGCCUCGGAGACGAGCGGCCCGCUCCGCCGCGUCUCCCAUCCGCGUGGUGGCGGUGCGUGUCACCGACUUGAUUGGCGCCGAUGUCACGGUGAGCGGACCGUGGCCGUACGGGCUGCUCAUGUCGGCGGCGGCCACCCUGCUCCUCAAGAGUUUCCCGGUCCAAGCGAGGGCGCUGGUGUCGGACCCGCUGCGGAACGGAUUCCAGCACUACUUGGACGAGAACUUCGUCUGACCGUACAACAGUGGAACGCGUGGAAGGGGGGAAGUACUCUAGGAGAGGGCAUCUUAACGUAAGGUAAGGCGUUGCGAACGCGGACAGAAGAGUAGGGAACAAGACACAAAUGUCAUAUAUU